ACUCAUUUGAAGAAAUUUCAAAAUAAUAAUAAUAAUAAUAAUAACUCAAAUAUACAUAGAAGCAAAUGGCUUUAAAGUACAGAAAAAGGUUUUCUCAUUAGAAUUGCUACAAAAAAAAAACGUUGGCAUCAUCCUUUAACAUCCCUUUAGUUCCCGCGCUGAGCAUCUUCAAAAGAGACAAAAACUGCUGUCUGAACCAGCCAAUCAGGCUCUGCCAUGUUGGGACACUCCAGCCAAUGGGAGUGCUCAGCCUGGAGGAAAAACUUGGAUGGCCCGGAGUGGGGAAGUGGAGAACAAUGAAGCAGGGUAUCAUCCUCAGUGCUACAGGGAGAGAGAGAGAGAAAAAAACGAGAAGUUUCUGUAGAGGAUUCCUCUGCUCUGGCAGCGGUUCAAGAAUCCACCACUGCGCCCAGCUCUGCCAAAAAAUAAAUAUUAUAAUAAAAACUACCACCACUGCAUGAAACAGGGGGUAGCAGAGGGGUAGACACCCACGCUGAAUGUCUCUAAAAACAAAAAACAAACACCUCUGUUGGUGUUGAUUAACCCCCCUCCUUUUCCUCCUCCUCCUCCUGAUGUCAAACCGCUUUGCAUACUGACUUCCGCCCCGCUCGGCUUUCCUUCCCCCGCUGUGGUCCGCAUCAGCCGGCGAGCAGCUGAUAUGACAGGAGGGGGAUACAGUGUCGCGCCGUGCCGUGCUAAAACCUGACUUAAAAAAAAAAGAAAACUUCACGAAGAAAAGCAGGCGGACGUCGCGGUAAAGGAUUUAGAAAACGAGAAGAAAGAAGAACUGACUCUCUCUCUCUCUCUCUCUCUCUGUUUUUUGAUGCAAUGGGAUUUGCUACUUUCGCAUGAAGAGGCGGACCUUAUGAGACGCUGCGAGUUCAAUAUGCUGAAGCUGUCCCCGGUGUUUGUAUACUGUACGUGGAAGUACAGAGACUGUUUUCUUCCAACUCGCAGGCCCACGUACGGAUUUAACACAGCACUUUGAUAUCAUUUAUAACCCACGGAUAUCCACGGUAAAGAAGCUACAACCAUUUUUUUUGGUGUGUGUGUGUUUUUGUUUUGGACAGGGGGAUUCCUUCAGACAGGCUGCAUGUGCUCUGCUCAUUAGCUGUCUCGUUUUUUCCUUGCUAGCUAGUAUAUAUAUUUUUUAAAUGUAUAAAAUUAGACAUGGGGGGCUCGCUUGUCGUAGCUCGCAGCAGUCACCCCUCAGGAGCAGCCAGUAAACCCAUUAGAGGCUAUUAGCUUUUUCUUUUUUGGAAAGGGGUCUUCUUUCAAAGUAGUUUUCUCGCCGGUGACUCACCAUGAACUAUUAUUUUGAAGGCAUUUUUCACGCUCCUGUGAGGUUUUGUGACAGCAAUGACUGCUUCUGUUUUAGCUGUUAGCCGGUAGGUUUGCAAACAAGUCUACUGCGGGAUUUUUUUUUUCAAGUUGGUGCAUUUUCCAGGUGUCUCUUUUUCUCGUGACACCACUUCUGCUCAAACAAGACUGGUCAUUUUUUUAAAAAAUAUAUUAAUAUUUAUUUUUCUGGCUGGUUGUUGCUCUGUUGUUCAGAGACAGGGAUUGCCCUCCACUCCCCCCCCCACUCCCACCUCCCGUGCUUUAAACCUCACAUCCACGCUCCCCGGUCCCACGGAUACGAAUUACUAAGAUUUUUAAGCCUUCGUUUCCACCAUGAGUUACAUCCACAAGGUGGUGAAUGUAUUGCUACGUGGACUCGUCAUCUAUGCGGUACUGGGCUUGGAGUGCACUUACUCGAAUGAUCUACCCAACCACUCGUCUGAUGCUGCGAAUGUAGCCACCACAGACCCCUGUCUUAUAGUGAUGCCACCGUGCAUGGGUGAAGCCGACCGCUUCAGCCUGGAGGCGCUGCGGCACAUCCACAAACAGCUGGACGACGACAAUGACGGGGGAAUAGAGGUCAACGAGAGUGUGGAGUUCAUAAUAGAAGACAUGAAGCAGCAGCAAACCAACAAACACAGCAACCUGCACCGUGAGGACCAGCACAUCACUGUGGAGGAGCUGUGGAAAGGCUGGAAAACCUCUGAAGUCCACAACUGGACCAUGGAGGACACGGUGCAGUGGCUGAAGGAGUCGGUGGAGCUGCCACAGUACGAGAAGAACUUCCGGGACUUCCGGGUCACGGGGAACACCUUACCUCGAAUAGCGGCAAAUGAACCAUCGUUUAUGUCGAUGCAGCUGAAGAUAUUAGACCAGCGGCAUAAACAAAAGCUAAACCUAAAGGCACUCGAUGCAGUGCUUUUUGGUCCUCCUCUCCGUCCACAACAUAACUGGAUGAAAGACUUCGUCCUGAUGGUUUCCAUAGUAAUCGGCGUUGGGGGCUGCUGGUUUGCCUAUGUGCAAAACAAGUCCAGUAAGGUGCACAUCUCUCAGAUGAUGAAGGAUCUGGAGAGCCUGCAGCAUGCUGAACAAAGCCUCUUAGACCUGCAGAGCCGGCUGGAAAAAGCUCAGGAGGAGAACCGGACGGUGGCGGUGGAAAAGCAGAACCUCGAGCAAAAAAUGAGGGACGAGAUCACUGGGGCGAAAAAGGAGGCUCACAGGCUUCGAGAGCUGCGAGAGGGAGCUGAAUGUGAGCUGAGCCGCCUCAAAUACGCUGAGGAGGAGCUAGUACAGGUGCGAAAGGCUCUGAAGCGAGCGGAGAAGGAGAUGCAGUCGGAGCGCUCAGUGCCUGAGGCUCUUCAGAAGUGGCUCCAGCUCACACACGAGGUGGAGGUCCAGUACUACAACAUCAAGAAACAGAACGCUGAGUUUCAGCUCUGCGUUGCAAAAGACGAGGCAGAGAAAAUAAAAAAGAAGAGAGGUUCUGUGUUUGGAACUCUUCAUGUAGCCCACAGUUCAUCACUGGAUGAGGUGGACCACAAGAUACUAGAAGCAAAGAAAGCCCUGUCAGAGGUAACGGCGUGCCUGAGGGAGCGGCUCCACCGCUGGCAGCAGAUCGAGAAGCUUUGCGGCUUCCCCGUCGUCAAUAACUCGGGGCUGCCAAGCCUGACGGCCAGCCUCUACUCCGACCACAGCUGGGUGGUCAUGCCACGAGUUUCGGUGCCUCCCUACCCCAUCGCAGGAGGAGUGGAUGACCUGGACGAGGAUACGCCUCCCAUCAUUCCACAGUUCACGACAGCUACGCUGAUCCGGCCUUCCCUGACGCGCAGCAGCAGCCUGUGCCGUUCCCGUCGGAGCCUGCUGAGCUCCCCGCAGUCCUCGCUGAUGUCCCCGGACCCAGACCUGCUGUCCAUGGCCAGCUCGUCCCUCUCCUAUCGCCCCGAGGCAGAUGACGAACAUAUCAUGUUCAGCUCGGAUAGGAGGGGGGAACCGGCUCAGGAGGGCAGCUCGGACACAGACUCUCUCAACUCUUCCAUGGGCCGCAAGCAGAUGCACAACCCCUGCACGCCGGGAUCGGAGACCCCCUACCGCAAGAUCUCCCGCGAGGAGCUGCUGCUGUUCAGCCAAAGCCCGGAGCUUCCUGCGUCCACCCCCGCCACCACCACCACCUCCACCACCAGCAGCAGCAGCAGCAGCAGUCUCAGGGACUCCACGCCUCCUCCUCUCCCUCCCACCCCGGCCACCACCCCCUCGGGUCCGCCCUCCACCUCGCCCUCCCCGGCCUUGGAGCACCAUCCGUUUGCACACAGGGGCUCGCCCGACCUCACCCGCAUCAUCCCAGAGUCCCAGAGCGCAACCUUCUCGCAGGGGAGCAUCACCUCUCAGACGGGAAAGGGCACGUACAAUGGCAUCCUGGAGAAGUCCUACAGCUUCGGUCAGCUGCCCGCGAGCAUGCUGCCCAACGUGGGCCGUUACCCGUCUCUAACCUCCCUGGACUCGGAGGGCCGGAGUAUGGGAAGGGAGUACAAGCUCCAGAGCACCUCCUCCCAGGACUCCAGCGACAAUGGAGAGAAAAUCAAGCGCUCCUCCUCUAAAAUCAAAAGCCUAUUUAAGAAGAAAAAAUAAAACUUGCAGAGUGAGAUAGUGAGAGACAGAGAGAGAAAUAAGAUAAAGAGAGUUGUUUUAGCCCUAAUACUAAAAAAUGGACAUCAUUGUAAGCUAAAACAUUUCAUUUUCUCUCUUAUUUUCUUCUUUUGGAGUCAAAGAUGGAAUGUAGCUCAGUCUGGGUGCCUUUAAACGCUCCAGACUGGUAGCCUUAUUUCUCAAUAAUGCCUUUUUAUUUAGUUCACUCAUAGCCUCACAGGGAAACCUGCAAAGGUCAAGGAAAGGUCAAUCAAAGGUCAUGACAGUUGUCAUCCAGACAGCCUAAACACAUGACCUGUUUGCUGUCUUCUAUUAAUGUUACUUUGCGUUCGAACCAAAAAGCCACUAUGUUUAAGGGCCUAAAGGUGCAGUCCAUAAAUUUAUUUCUAAGCACAUGAUGUUUAGUGUUUCACUGGUGAUUUCUAGUACAGAAUGGUGUUUGCUGUUCCUACUGAAUGUAUUUAAAGUGGCAAUGGAUAACUUCACCACAGGGUGUUUCCAACUGGUAUUAAUGUUGGCACUGCUGUCACAAGGACGAAUAUACUAUAAAGUUUUACCAGUGCUUAUUUUAGAAACAUCACCGCCAGGAAACGUGUUAUAUGUUUAGAUUAUCAAACAGACAAUGAAUCAUCAGUUCACUCACCCGCAUUAGCAUCAUGGCUACUGCUAUCAGCCUGGCUACUGUCCAAAGCAUGAAAAAACAACCGUAAGAUCUCAGUGCUGUGAAAAAGGCUGAUUGUAUUAAUAAACAGGCUGAAUUUGUUACUUACGGAUCUAGUAGAAAAAAUGCAAACUGAGUUUGAACGCUUUCAAGUACUAGGAGCUCUUGCCAUAGUCGGACUGUCCUUAGGGACACUAGGACAAAUCCCAGAGGGCUGGUGGACUGUAAAAAAAUCCAUAAAGUCUGUUCCCAGCAGAAAAGUCUAGGGCUGAAUUUGCUGUCUCAGUCCAACCAGGGCUCUCUCCAUCAAAAAAAUGCCUGUCCAAGGUUCAAUCGUUUUACUUACGAUUUCUACCACUCUCCCUCUCCGCUGUUUCUAACAGUUUAGCUCCUUUUUUCUUUUUUCCUUUUUUUUUGGCUUGGUAGAGUUACUCUGACAAAAGCAAAAGCACUGUCCUCUGUUUUGGUCGCACAGCGCUGAAAAUCUUCUUCAUAUCUGAGGAAAUUCACACCAGGUGGCAGACAGAAUUACAUAGUGAAAGCUAUGUUCUGUAGCCAUUACAAUGUGCCAUCAACAUUUACAAAAAACUAAACCAAAAAGUUGUCCAUUGCCACUUUAAAAAAUUUCACUUUCAGUAGCGACAGCAGCACAUGAAUAACGCCCAGAAAAAAAAGAUAAUACAAUUUCUGAAAACAUAUUUUUGACCAUUUCUUUCUCAAGUGUCCUAACUACUUCUACCCAUUCAAAUUUUGAAUUGCAUCUUGCAAAGUGUUUGAGUCCUAAACUCAUGUACUUGAUUCAUUUCCUUUGGAAAAAAAAAUCCUGCUAAAAGUUUGUUGCACUACUGCUUUCCUGGUAUUUUGGGAAAGAGCCGCUGCUUGCGGAGUACAUAUUGAAUAAAGACAUAGAGAUGAGAGGACUACAUGGGCAGCGGCAGUGAAAAUGCAGCACAUAAUGCCAGAGCCAAAAUUAUCUGAUGCGUCUUCAAUGUCACUGUUUAUGGACAUCUCAAUAUAUAUAAAUACAAAAUAUAUAUAUAUAUAUAUACUUUGUUUUCGCAAUAUUAUGUUCUUAUAGAUGUUUUUAAAUAGAUUUAGAUUGGUGGGGGUCCCUAUGAACUGAUCUUUAUCAAAGAAAGUUUAUUGAAUAUGCAGAUUUAACGCACACCAGUCAUUUCCCCUGUAAUCUAGCUCUCCCUUAUUACUUGAUUAACUGCAUUCUGUAGCCAUAUAACAUACCAUUUCCAUUUUUUGUCUUAAAUCUCAUGUCCCCCUCUAAUUCUUGGUGUCACAACCAGAUUUUGGUCAAAUUGUGUGCAAGUAAUUUUUUCUGGGUGGAGGGCCAUAGUCAUGCUGUAUUUAAGGACACAUGAGUGCCAGGAAGUCCAAGACAGUUACAGGAAUGUAAUUUUUUUUAAUGUAGUUUCUGUAAUUGACUGCUGACUACACUGUCUCCACUGUACUGUGAUGUUGUGGCCUCUGCCAUCUGUGUGUACCAUCUGAUUUUUAGAGACAAACACUACAAGAAUAUCUGUUCAGCAAAGCAAACUUUUUGAUCCAGAUCUGAUCGAUACACCAAGACUUGCCCCCUCUCCCCCACCACCACCACCACACUAAGCUCGAAGCUGACCCAUGCAAUACGGUCCCGUUCCUCAUCUCUGGGCCUGCGCCGAGCGCACUGAUGUCAAGAGCUCCUGCUUCACACUGUGAUUUCUGCCUUCUUCUCUUCAUCCUGGACCUGGCUGCCACUGCUGCUGCUUAAUACGACAGGGUCAUGUGAUUACAUGAUGGCCGUGUCAGCGGAGACACGAUGAAAUGUCAAGAGGGGGCGAUGCCGUGCACGAGGUGUGUCUGGGUGACAGGACGACACGAGGAUGCGAGGAUCCAGUGGCCUCUGUUUUUAAAAGAAGAAAAUAUAUAUAUUUAGAGGGUUGUGGACAAUACAGCACACAGUGAAGGAAAUAGAAGACAGAGCUGGGAGACGCGGAGAAAAUGAAUGUUUACGAGACAUUAGGGGCUUUUUUUGAGAACAUUUUGUGUGUGAAUAUUUGUAUACUGUAGAAGAAUUAAUAAAAAAAUGGAGGCAUCGGA